GUUAUGGUUCCCCCGUCGUGCGCAGACUUCACGUGAAGCACGCCUCUAACUGCCUGUCUCUUUUGAAAUUUUCUCAUUUUUUUUCCGGCUUAAAAAAAAUCUAAUUCAACAUGAAUCACACACAAGACUUGGAGCUUUUCCCUGCCCACAGAGUGACUCAAAUGCUUUUCAAAGACGUAAAAAAUGCGGCAGUGUUGCGGCAAAGCGCUGUCGAUGGUAAAAUAAGUGGUGCCUUGAUCAACCCAACAAUGCUGGUGGAUCCUUUCCAAGUACUGGUAGCGGCCAAUAAAGCUGUUCAUUUACAGACAAUAGGAAAAAUGAAGACCAGAAGUCUCUACUCAGAGAUCAUCUUCAACCUGUCACCUACUAAUAAUAUCUCAGAGGCCUUUAAAAGAUUUGGGAUCUCGGACGGCGAUGAGUCCGUCAUGGUGGUUGUCGUUCACAAGAAAGACGAGGUGCAGCUUCUGUCAGACAUCACAGCCAGAGUGGACGGACGGCAGGUUCCAGUGGAGGACGUAUCCUCGUUGUCAGACCCUGCAAAGAUCAAAAAGCUGUACAAAAUCGCUCCUCAGGAGGAGAAAUGUGGAAAUCUACUUGAUGCAGUUGUGUGCAGAAUGGCCACCAAGGACGUCAUGUAGCCCCAUCAACUAUAAGGAUAGAAUAUGGAACAUUAAGAAUGGUUUUUCUGCUUUUAAUACUCUUAGGUUCAAAGAGAAAUGCAAAUAUUGUCCAUCUUGUACUCAAAUCUGUACGCUAGAAGUGAUGGUUUAUGUACACUGAGCUCCCAGCUGAGUAAAAUAUAUCUUAUUUUUCAUAA